AUACUCAAGUAACAAGUGCUAAUUAUUAAAAAACCCACCAUAUAAUUGUGUUAAAAGUUGCCGCUGCACUGCAUACGUAUGCGUGAGAGCGCUGCCUAUGUGCGAGAGUCUGUGAGAAUAAGCUGGUGUUGUUAUUUGUUAGUAGAAGAAAAAGCAACAGUUAAGCUCACGCCGGAGAGCGAUGGGGCGACGAGAAGUGGAUGGCGAUAGUGACAAGCGAGGCAGAGACGCUAGAAUUAAAGUUUAGUCUAGUUUAAGCCACAUCACAACGCGCUCGGUGCACGGGCCGCUGUCGUCUGCGUCAACAUCGCUACAAAAGAAUUAAAAAUAAACUGGAAAUUUGUAUAUUAAAGCUGUGGGCAUAUACUACGAAUACCUGCAUACAUAUGUUGAGUUUAAGAGACGUGUAUUGGUGUUGAUAUUUAGCCAGCGGCAGUGUGACAAAUGAAGCUACAGCCAGUGAAGCAGCAGUUGAAAGGGGCUACGUUCGCGCAGGAACGUUGUAAUUGUAAACGUAAUUGAAAGUGAAGAGAGAGAGAGCAAGUAAGCGUCUCAUAGACACAGUGCUACCUCAACAAAAGCCCACGCGCACAUUAACACACACAUAACCAAACCCACACCCACCCACACGUAAACAAAAUGCUGCCUCGGUUUCGUUCCUUCUAUGGCAAAAUAAUUGUUUUUGUACUCGUGGCGCUGUGCUUUGUGCUUUACCUGAAAGUGCAAUCGGAUGGCGAGGAUAUAAAUCUGCCUGGCCUAAGACCUGCGGCCGCCGCCUUCAAGUCAGUGCGGAAACAUGCGCGCGAAAGGUAUCCCAAAGAUACAGAAAACGAAAUCCAAGCACCCGCCACGCAUUCCCCGUAUGAAGUAAGCAUACAAUUGGAUUUGGAUAAACAGGUGCCGGGACUUGGCGAUGAGGGUGUUUCAGUGAAACUAAAAGGCGCCGCCAAGGCACGUGGCGAUAAGAUCUACAAGAAGAUUGCGCUCAACGAGGAGCUGAGCGAGCAGCUGAGCUACAAUCGCACCGUGGGCGAUCAUCGCAAUCCGCUGUGCACCAAGGAAACCUACGAUGAUCCCGCCACACUGCCCAGUGCCAGCGUAGUCAUCAUUUUCUUCAACGAACCCUAUUCCGUGCUGGUGCGCACUGUGCACAGCACAUUGAACACUUGCCACCCCAAGGCGCUCAAGGAGAUCAUUCUGGUGGACGAUGGCAGCGAUAAUGCCGAACUGGGCGGCAAACUGGAUCACUAUGUGCGCACACGCCUGCCCGGCGGCAAGGUGACCAUACUGCGCCUGAAGAAUCGAUUGGGUUUGAUACGCGCACGUUUGGCCGGCGCACGUAUUGCCACCGGCGAUGUGCUCAUCUUUCUGGACGCGCAUUGUGAGGCAAAUGUGGGCUGGUGUGAGCCACUGCUGCAGCGCAUCAAGGAUUCGCGCACCAGCGUGCUGGUGCCCAUUAUAGAUGUCAUCGAUGCCAGCGACUUUCAGUACAGCACCAAUGGCUACAAGUCAUUCCAAGUGGGUGGCUUCCAGUGGAAUGGGCACUUUGAUUGGGUGAAUAUGCCAGACCGCGAGAAGCAGCGUCAGAGCAGAGAAUGCAACCAACCACGUGAAAUAUGCCCAGCAUAUAGUCCCACCAUGGCAGGCGGUUUGUUUGCCAUGGACAGAAGAUACUUCUGGGAGGUGGGCAGCUAUGAUGAACAAAUGGAUGGCUGGGGAGGCGAGAAUCUGGAAAUGUCCUUUAGAAUCUGGCAAUGUGGCGGCACUAUAGAAACAAUACCCUGCUCCAGAGUGGGACACAUUUUCCGUGAUUUCCAUCCAUACAAAUUCCCCAAUGAUCGUGAUACUCACGGCAUUAAUACCGCACGCAUGGCUCUAGUCUGGAUGGAUGAGUACAUCAAUGUGUUCUUCCUCAAUCGACCUGAUCUGAAGUUCCAUCCAGAUAUUGGCGAUGUCACGCAUCGAAUAAUGCUGCGCAAGAAGCUGCGCUGCAAGAGCUUCGAUUGGUAUUUGAAGCAUAUCUAUCCGGAGAAGUUUGUGCCCAAUAAGCACGUGCGCGCCUGGGGCAAGGUCAAGGCAAUGCAUAGCAAUCUCUGCCUGGAUGAUUUGCUGCAGAACAAUGAGAAGCCCUUCAAUCUGGGCAUGUAUCCUUGCGGCAAAACGAUGCAAAAGUCGCAGCUCUUCUCCUUGACCAACAGCCAAGUGCUGCGCAAUGAACUGAGCUGUGCCACAGUGCAGAACAGCGACUCCCCACCAUAUCGCGUAGUCAUGGUGCCCUGCCUGGACAACGAUGACUACAAUGAGCAAUGGAAAUAUGAGAAUAAUCAGCUGAUGCACGGCAAUACGGGCAUGUGCUUGGAUUUCGAUGGACUAAAGAGCAUGGAUGAUGCGCAGGUGGCGGAUUGUGAUCCAACCAGUGAAUCGCAGCGCUGGACUUUCAGCAAGAAUUAAGCUGCUGCCAGAGCGUGCACACAAGUGGACAAGUGGACCAGUGGACCAAGCCAAUUGUAAACUGAGAGUAAUUGACUAAAGCGAGCAGCGUUUAGACGCCAGCUCCCACUACAGACUCGAAUUAGCGCAACAAGAAUUGUAAAUACAAAAAGAGUGAAGAGUAAAGAAUUCUAUAUAUAUUUUAUAUAAGAUAUAUAUACAUAGUAUAGUUAGUGAAUAUGAAAGUGAAUAAAAAUCAAAAGUCAAAAUAAAUUAAAUAAACUAAACUGUGUGCGUAAAUUGUUGUGACGGCUAAUUUUACAAAAUGCAACAACAACAAUAAAAUGUAAACUAGUUAAAGUUGUAUAGCUAUAAUUUAUAUAUUAUAUAUGCAUGAUAUAAAUGUAAAUGCUUGAAUUGUAAACUAUUAAUGCAAUGUGAUCGUAAAUUUGUUAUAUAAACACUAAACUGCAAUAACUUCUUGCAUUCCAAUGCAGCCCAACUACAGAAAUAAAAUAUGAUAACUAAUAUUAUAUAUAUGUAUAUGUCUAAAGCAUUUAUCUACUAACACACUUUGCCAUUUUGUUUUCCAAAAUAAAUGUUGUCAACAACAA